UCGAUCCCAAUGUGUCGCCAACAUGUUGCAAAUAUGGUUGAUAAUAUUGGUUUUACAACUGUCCACAGCGUAUGAAUGUUCCCCUGGGAAUUUUGGAAAGAAUUGUGAGCAUACAUGUUCUGAGAAUUGUGUCAAAGAUUCCACAAUCUGUAAGGGGACGACGGGAGAGUGCACGAGUGGAUGUCGACCGGGCUGGAGAGGACUGCAAUGUGACAUGGAAAAUGAGGGAAAUGGUCUUUUAUGUGCGAAUGGGCUAAAGAUCCUUGAUACGGGGCACCCUCUUAACGUCCAAUCCGAAAGGCAUGGUAUGCUCCUUGCAAAAGUAUGGUAAGAGUUGCAGCCAGACAUGUGGUAGUUGUCGCGACCAUGAGAUAUGUCAUCAUGUGAAUGGAGCAUGUUUCAGAGGAUGUGACAAAGGGCAUAAGGGAAUAUUAUGCAACGAAGAAUGUGAACCACAGUACCAUGGAUAUAACUGUGCAGAUAACUGCAGUACAGCAUGCAUCAAUCAAACCUGUGAUUCCAUUGACGGAACGUGUUUCGGAGAACAGAUGAUACAAGAAAAGAAAUUUACAUCUGAAGAUAACAUACUAGUGCCUAUCAUAGGCGGUGCCGUCGGCGUGCUGUCAACUUGUUUGCUGGUUGUUGUAAUAUGCUUAGUGCUGAGAAGGAACAAAAAGGCGUUAGAUGACGGAAAUAAAUUCCAUCCGGGUGAUUCUACCAAUUGUCCCAAAGACGCAGCACUAAAAGUCCAAGACGAUGGAAAUGUGAACAAUGUGUAUCAAGAACUAAAAGAACUGAGUCAACCUUCAAUCUAUGAUUCCCUUCAUUAGAAGGACAUAAUAUAUGUCCGUUUUCACUUAGACGUAGGUUUCACUUCAUUGACACAUUUGGAAAUAUGUUGUAUGUUGUACAGCAUCCUCUAGUUUUACAACAAGACGCAUACAUUGUGUUCAAUAUAUACAGUGUGUUUUCCUCUUUAAAAAAAUACAUAUAUGAAUGUUGGGAUAAAAUUAGAUUUAAUCAGGUUUCGGGAAGUAUAAGAUUUUUGUCAAAAUGUUUUACAACAGGAUAAAAUUAGACGAAAUUCAAAAAAAUAUUGUUCGAGUAACUCUCUUAACUGCAUCCGAGAGACACUAUUGUGGUAGAAUGACGUUUCGAAAUUCAACAGUGGAUAUCAGGAGCUAGAAGAAUUAAGUUCAUCGUCAACCUAUGACUUCAUUCAUUAGACGAAAAAAUCUUUACACUCCAUGUAUGCUAGAAUAUGAUCGUUUAUGAUGUAUCACAUGAUGUACAUGCAUUGUAGUAAACAGGUUUUCUAAACAUGUAUAGUUUGCUAGGACAUCCACAAUGUUUACAACAACGUGCAUGCACUACAUUUGAAAUCAGUAUAAUUCAAAGUAUUUCUCUCUUACCAAGGUAGAUAAAUAGAUAAUAGUACAUUUCAGCGAAGAAUAAGAUUUUGUAGAGCGAUGAACGUUUCAUAUGGUUGUGUUUUUCUUAAAAUUAAAAUAUUGUUCUGGU